AUGGCCUCGGAUGCACAUCUGACAUAUCGUCUCUCCUCCUUUGGCAAGAAACGUGAUGUACUCAGUGUUCUCCGUGACUCUUACAUGCAAGUCACAAAAACAGGAAAGAAGGCAUUCAAUCUCCCUAGCAACGUAAAAGCAUAUGGCGAUCCAACUGAUUUCACCGCGGAUGCCGACAUCAAUCUCCUCGCACAGAUCAACAUACAUUUCUCCGUCGUCGAACCAAGCCUAAAAGCCGGCGGAUCAUCAUCAACGCAGGAUCUCGACACCUCCCUGAGCCUCACGAAACUCACGCCAGACCCUUGCAACAGCAUCGUCGGCCUCCAAGAGCGUAUCGGUCCAAUAACCUUAAGAAUCAAAGAUCUCUUAGCCACAAAUAUCAUGGAAUACGUGCUCAGUAGCCAGGACCACGUCUACGACAACCUAAUGCAACUCGAUGCUCUUCCAGGGUCUCUUGCGUACUCUACAGAUAGGAAAGCAGGAGGAGAUGUGUUCGACAUUCACUAUAUUCAUAUGGUAGACUAUGUCCAUGAAGUGCCCGUAAAGGUGCAGAUACAGCAGCCAGCAAUGAAGAUCUUGAGGGCCGAUGGGGAAGCCAACAAGAUUGUGAAGAGUGGUGUACCGGUCCUGCUCAUCGUACACGGUACGCUUCCUAUCAACAAAGGUGUCGUAGUACCUGAAGUUAAGUUUUAUGGUUUCAUUUCGCCUUAG